AUGUACCAAAUCACAAUGGCAUACUCCUACUGGAAGAACAAACAACACAACCAACGUGCAAUUUUUGACAUAUUCUUUCGCAAGAAUCCAUUCGGUGGCGAGUUUACCGUUUUUGCCGGUCUCGAGGAGUGUCUGAAUUUUCUUCAGGGAUUUUCGUAUUCACCCGAAGACAUAGACUACUUCAGAUCAGUUUUGCCUCCCACUGCGGAAGAUGAGUUCUUCGACUACAUGGCCGGCAUAUCAGCAAAUGGCAUCAAGCUGUACUCAGUUGCCGAAGGCACUGUGGUCUUUCCCAAAGAGCCUUUGAUGAGAAUCGAAGGUCCUCUCGCAGUUUGUCAACUUCUGGAGACGUCUCUACUAACUCUGGUCAACUUUCCUAGCCUUGUGGCCACCAAUGCUGCUCGGUACUGCAUCGCAAUCGAUGAUCGCAAUAUUCAACUGUACGAGUUUGGCCUUCGACGUGCUCAAGGACCCGAUGGUGGGCUGUCAGCCUCCAAGUACACCUAUAUCGGCGGUUUCGAUGGCACCAGCAACAUGCUGGCCGGACAGAUGUUUGGCAUUCCAACAAAGGGCACACAUGCUCACUCUUUUAUCAUGUCUCAUGCACCGGUUAAUGUAGAGGAGUCCACGGGAAAGGUAACAGCUUACAUGCUCAAGUCAAAGAGAACCGACGAGUUGGUGGACUUUUACCUGAUUGCCCUCGAGUUCAAGGCGCAGUUGUCCAAGGUGCUGAAUAUCAGCGGCUCCGAAUCGAGCAGUAUUGAAUUUAUUGCCUUUAUCUCCUAUGCCCAUUCCUUUCCCAAUGGCUUCAUGGCGCUCGUCGACACCUAUGACCUGAUCAAAUCGGGAAUUCUCAACUUUUGUGCAGUUGCCCUGGCACUGGACAAGCUGGGCUAUCGAGCCGUCGGCAUUCGCAUCGACAGUGGUGAUCUGGCCUACCAGUCCAUUGUGGCCUACAAUAUCUUCUCUCGAGUGGCCAAGGAGUUCAACCUCGACUGGUUCUCCUCGCUGACGAUCAUCGUGAGCAAUGACAUCAACGAGGAAACUAUCAUAUCACUAAAUGAACAAAAGCACCGAAUCAAUGCUCUGGGCAUUGGCACCCACUUGGUUACCUGUCAGAAGCAACCGGCGCUAGGCUGUGUCUACAAGCUGGUCGAAGUGGGCGGAACAGCCUGUAUAAAGCUGUCUCAAGACGUGGAGAAGGUAACCAUUCCAUCACGAAAGAAUGUAUACCGCCUCUACGGGCGAGAAGGCUUUGCACUGCUCGACCUGAUGACCAACACCGAUGAGGAGGAGCCACAGAUUGGGCAGAAGAUUCUCUGCCGACACCCAUUUCAGGAGUCGAAGCGGUGCUACGCCACUCCGAGCAGAGUAGAGAAGCUGCUGCAGGUCUGGUGGGCUAAUGGAAAGCUUCAACAAGACAUUCCCUCAUUGAAUGAGAUUCGCGCUCGUGUAAAGAAGUCCCUCAGUCAAAUUCGGCCUGACAUUAAACGCCUGCUGAAUCCUACCCCCUAUAAGGUCUCAGUCACUGACAAUCUGUACCUGUACAUGCACAAGCUGUGGCUUGAGAAUGCACCCGUUGGGGAAAACGCUUUGUCACUGGGCAUGAUUGAACAGCUGGCUCAGCAUUUGCAGCAGGACCCAGAGGGCAAGUUGAGGGCCAUUGUGAUCAACGCCAACCACGGUGGAAAGGUUUUCUCUUCGGGACACGAUCUCAAGGAGAUG